CCGUCUCUCCUUCGACAGUCAGUUUCAGUUCGAGCUCUCGUCGACCACUUCUUUGGCAAAAGCUCCUCUGCAAGACACGCGCGCCGGCCAUGAUACGCGUGAUGGUGACCGAUGGAUUAAAAUUUACAAGACGGUGAUGUGGUGGCAACACUCUGCGACAGUGCUACGAGACUGAUGACAUCGCCAAAAGGGCCACGGAAAAAUGCUGAGCCCACCUCGCCACCUUAGGCGACUUUUACUCCUGCCUGUGAUUUGGUGUUUUUCUUUCAUUUUAUUGCUGAUCAAUGUCGUGGACGGAGCGGGCGAUCUUUGGCCUCUGGACCGUCCCGACGGCAUGCCUUCCAUCCAGUCGCUCGAGGUCAUGUGCGGCAAGGACCACAUGGACGUGCACUUGACCUUCUCGCAGCCCUUCGAGGGCAUCGUCUCCUCCAAGGGGCAGCACGGCGACCCGCGCUGCGUCUACGUGCCGCCCUCCACGGGCCAGACCUUCUUCUCGUUUCGGAUCGCGUACGCCCGAUGCGGGACCAAACCCGAUUUACACGGACAGUUUUACGAAAACACGGUGGUAGUGCAAUAUGAUAAAGACUUGUUAGAAGUGUGGGACGAGGCGAAAAGACUGAGAUGUGAGUGGUUCAAUGACUACGAGAAAACUGCCUCCAAACCGCCCAUGGUCAUCGCCGACUUGGACGUCGUCCAGUUGGACUUCCGAGGUGACAACGUCGACUGCUGGAUGGAGAUCCAGCACGGGAAAGGACCAUGGGCACCGCCAGUCAGCGGAAUAGUACCAUUGGGAUCAACCCUGACCCUCGUAGUGGCCAUCAACGAUUACAGAGGAGAGUUCGACAUGCGGGUCAAAUCGUGCGUCGCGUCUGAUGGAGGAGGCCACGUCAUCCAGUUAUCGGACGAAUUCGGGUGCGUCCUCCGCCCGAAAAUGAUCAGUCGCUUCCUCAAGGCCCGCGGCGCGGACGAGCGGGCGUCUGUCAUAACUUACGCCUUCUUCCACGCUUUCAAAUUCCCGGACGCUCUGAGCGUCCACAUCAAGUGCAAGGUGGAGAUAUGCCGCCAUGGGUGUCUGGACCACUGCCAGAUCCAGCCGGAGAAGGGCGACGUGGACUCGGAGACGUACUUGGGCCCGCUGGACCGCAAGGACGACAAGCUGGAGUCCGGGGAGAAGACCGGCGAUCCGGACGUGUUGUACGAAGACGUGAUAAGUGAGGGAGGUGUCGAUGGGGUAUCUUCAGUGAAGAUGUCGCUGAACGCUCAGCUCGGCGACAGCAAGCCGAUGUCGAACAAGCCGGCCGGACUUGACGAUGAUAAAGAACUGGAUAUAACGGCAGUACCGCAUAAGGACCUCUUCCUCCUGCACGACCAGUUCCCGCACGGGCCGCGCACGUUCGAGGACCGUCCCGUGGCCGCCCCUCGCGCCUUCGACGCCGCCUCCACGCCGCCCCUCGACCGCCUCAAGCGCCGCCGCCGCUCGGUCACCGUCUCCGACCGCAAGGCCCGCAGCGCCGACGUGGGCGUCAGCGGCCUCUACGAAGUCAUCUCCGAGGCGGACCUGGCCUUCAGCCCCGACACCCGCGCCGAGGCCGUCACCGUCUUCCAGGGCCGCAUCCGCGAGGAGGUCGUCUACGGCAUCUGCAUGCCGGUGCCCGGCUUCAGCGUGCUCUUCGUCCUGGUGGCCGUCUCCGCCGUGGUGUCGGCGCUCGUCGCCGGCUCGCUGCUCUACAGGUACCAACUCCAGAAGGAGCAGCUGGCCGAGCAGGCCCGCAACGGGCCCAUCCCCAUGGGCCUGUUCUCGGGCUGGGUGGGCUGGAGGCUGCUGCGCAUGCGCGCGCACCCUGUCGCCCAGAACGGCACGGACAAGAGGGUCCGGCAGGUUAACGGUAAGACUGACGAAACGUCGCGGUGUGAAUAGUGGCGAGUGGACUUCACGGCCCUAUUUGCAGGGUUUUCAUACUCCAAAUAGAACCGUUGCACCUCUUCUAAACUUUUUUUGUUUGUUGUAUUUUACGAGAUUCAAUCAUAUUGUUUUGUUAGAUGAUAUGAAAGGGCAAAUUUGCAAUAUGAUAUGUAUAGAUGACAUUAUAUACGUACCAGGUGCACACAAAGCAGGGAACCAAGCGUUUUUUUUCAUAAACUAAUUACUUUUUUAAGUACAUGAUUACAUAAUAAAAUAAAAAACAUCAGAACAUCUGACAAACAACAAAAAGGAAACUAACAAUAAAAUACAAAAUCUUCUAGAAAGUUGGAAUUAAUUAAAGUUUUUUUGAGAAAAUAAUUUUGGUCAAAACCGCACCUCGCUAUCGUCUUUUGUUUUCGAAAUCCUAAAAAAUUCAUAUCUUUUUUAUUAUAAAAGAUACAAAUUUGAAACGAAAACAUAGUAAAAGCGCUUUUUUACAGAGAAUUUAAUAAUGCUAUCAGCAUUUUUUUUUAAUAAUACGUUUAGCUGUAAUAACAUAAAUAUGUGUUUUUUUAAAUAGAAAUCAUAGUUAGCUAUGACAUUUUCAAAAAGUUUAUUUUUUUCUGAUUUAAUAUGUCUAUUGUGAAAUAGAAUAUUUUUAAAUAAUUAAAAUAAAACAUAACAUUUCGCUUUUUGUUUUUAGUAGGCCAUGAAAAAAUUUUGGAUUUUCAAUUAAAACUAUGAAAAAUGUAUUACCCAACAAGUAUUUAUAAUUUAAUGAUUUUUUAAACACUAAUUAAUUUAAAAACCCCAUAAUAAAUUAUUAUUAAAUCAAAUUUUUGCGAUUAAUAAAAAUUAUUUGUUUUUAGAUUUAAAACGGCAAGCUUACAUUGUCAUUCUAUUUUCUAAUGAAACAUGAAAUGUCGGAAAAAGAAAUAUCUUAUUAAUUGUAUGAUUGCCUUUUAAUAAAAUUUUAUUUUACAAAAAAAGUCAAUCCAAACACCAAAAUUAAAUCCCAUCUGCGGUUAAAAAAUACAUAACAUUAUCAACGUCACCUCCAAUGCACUUCUCUAAAUCAUAAAAAAGUGUCAUAAUAUCGUAGUGACACAUCGUUUUCAAUUUUCUGCACAUUUUAUCUAAAAUUAAAAUCUGCAACGAUCGUAUAUUUGUUCAAUUGAAAAUAAUUGUAACAUAGCUUAUUUUUAUAAUUUUACAUUUUUUACUUUAAUAACUUUUCACAAAAUUUCUAUAUUAUUUACACAUUUUAUGUGAAAUAAUUUUUCCAUGGCCAACUAUUUCAAAUAUUUUAAAUAUAUUUUUUAUCAAAAGCAUAUAAAUAUAUCAAACUGUAUUUAUAUUGUUUUCAGUUCAGAAAAAAUGAAGCUUUUCGAAAAUGUCAUAGCCAACUUUAAUUCCUAUUUAAAAAAAUCAACUUUAUGUUGUUACAGCUAGAAAAAAUUAAAAAAGAUUAAAAAAUUGCUGAAAAUAUUAUUAAAUUCUCUGCAAAAAUGCAUGUAUAAUUUCUUUGUUUUAAAUGUUUAUCUUUAUUAAUAAGGAAGAUAUGAAUUUUUUAAGAUUUCGCUAAAAUGUCAACUUUUGUUUAUAAGUCGAAAAGACGAGAGCGAAAUUCGGUUUUGACCAAAAUUAUUUCUCAAAAAACGGACCCGAAAAUGUGUCACUCGUUUUUUUAACAAAAACAAUGCAAAGAAAUGACUUUAUCGUGUAUCGAAAUUGUAUUAAAAAAUGGCUAAAUUGCAAAAAUAUAAUUGGUCAGGCUCAUUAUUUCUCUUGGAUAACCCUGUAUAAUUUGCACAUUUUAAAUAUCAAAUGGCUUAGAGGAGAAUGUAACAAAUAAAUGUUUUUAUGUUGUUUGAAAGAAAAACUGUGGAGGAUUUAUACUAUAGAUCUUAUUUAUAUUUUUAUAUUUUUGCACACAAAUAUUUUAAUCGUAAUUUUUAUAUUUUUUUUAACUGAAAACUUUUGUGAAUGAAGUCUUUUUUUGUGAAGGAUGAGCAGAAAGGCCACAAAUUUUUACAUCCAAUUACAGGCACCUAAGCUAAACUUAUUUUUGUCUAAAAAAAUGCAUCUUUUUUUAUAGCACAAAAUGUUAUUCAAAAGUAAACAGUUGGACUUAGAACACUCGGUUCCAUGUUUUUUGUUCACCCUGUAUAAAUGCUAGGUUAGACUAGGGGCCGCCUACUCCUGGUUUGGAGACAGGAGGGAUCGUCGCAGGAUAAUUUUUUGACAUCCUCUCAAAACAGUAUUACGACACCCUUUAGUACGUCACGUCUGUCUGGCCCCAACUAAAAACUAAGUUAGUUUAGUAGUUGUACAUACAGAAAAGCCAAAUUUGUGUGUAAUUUGUGCGGCUUGGACCUGAAAACGGCUCAAAUAAGCUUCACAGUCAAUCAUGACAAGUUCAAAGGCUAAGCUCAAUAUGUUAGUUAGGCAAUAGUAGUUUGGAAUUAAUUUAUUAUAGAUAAGUGAGCAAACUUAAAAGUCAGAUAAUUAAAUGAAUUGUACAGUAUUAACCUUAUGAGUAUUUUAAUUAGAGUUAAUUUUAUUUUUGUUAAAACUUAGCUUAGUUGUGGUGUACAUAAUAAAUAUGGAACCAGAAUUACUGCCAGUUCGGUAUUGUUUUUUCAUUAUUUUUAUUAAGCAUUAAUCAGUAAUUCGGUUAAACUAGUUAAGCGAUUAAAUUAUUCUUCGGAUUAGAGUAGACUUCCUUUUUGUUACGUUUCUCGUAUUUAUUUCAUUCUGAUAAUUGCUCAUUUUAUGAAAACGUUAUUGUUAAUUUACGAUAUGUAAGAGGCUAUGUUCUGUGUAAAUAAUGGGAUAAAUAAAUAUAUACAAAAAUA